GUAUGACUAACCUAAUAAAAACAUUUAUCUACUUAUAACUAUUCAAAAGUGUGUUUUAAAUUAUUGCAAUAUAUGUAUUAGUUAUUAAAUAAAGUAGUUAUUAAAAAUAAUAUUAUAAAAUAUUUACCAUGAAAUAAUACAACAAAUUACUUAUUAACUUAAUACCGUUUUAAAUAUUCUUGUAAAAUGGAUCCAAAUUUACCUCAAAAAUUUUCAAUAAUUUGUGGAGAUUUGUGUAAUCUUUUAUAUGCAAAAGAUUAUGAUAAAGCUACCGUAAAUUCUCUAAUCGACGAGCUUAAUUCUAAGCCCUACAAGGCGCAGUUAUUUGUUCGUAAACAUGAUGCGGAAAUGUUAGUAACAGCAUUAUGCCUCAGUAUAAAGCCAAUAGAUGAGUAUUUAGCAGCAAAAACAUCACAUUUAAUAAACAGUGUAGUGACUAAACAAAGUUUACAGUUUGGCAGUGAUUAUUUGUGGAAAGUAAUAUCUUGGCAUAUUAAUUGUAUAAAAAAAUGUUCUGAUAUUAUUUUGCCUGAUAUUCUUCAUAAUAUGCAAUGUAUUUUACAAUUAAAUCCACAUGCAGGUCAAAAGUUUAUAGAAGAUUUAAUAGGUCUUGAUGGAGUGUUGAGUAAUUUAAUAAAUAUUGAUAAAAGUCCUAUAUCAAGCACUCAAAAUCCACUACCAAUCUGCCUUCUUGCUUUCAAAUGUAUGUCUUGUGUUAUUACAACAGAAGAUGGUAAAACAGAUCAAACAAAUUUAGUACCUUUAGAUGUAAAGGAAUGGAUCUCACAACUUGUUAUAAAGUUUUUAAUGAAAUACUCUAUUAAGUUACAGGAUGAAUUUUUAUAUUGCAAAGUAAUAAUAUCAGCCUUAAGAUUAUUAUCACAAUUGUAUUUCAAUGAACAAAAAAUAACGAUUCCAUUACCUGAAGUAAUGGGAAUAUGCCGUCAUUUUGUGUUAUAUGGCCUCAUAAACCAAGGGCCAACACCUGAGAGGUUGAUGCCAGCACAGCAAACUAUAGCAACUAUACCACUGAAAGUAAUUCCUAAAGGAGGAAAGAAACAAAAGAUAAGAAAACAAAGAAAUAAUGCUAUUGAAAGUUUAAAGAAGGAGAUACCAGUAUCUGACAAAAGUUUAAUGAAAGAUGUUGAUAACUUUGAAAAUCAUUCUGCUUAUAAACCAGCGAGUAUGAAUUACUUCGAACCUCAAAAAACUAAGAAUACUUGGGUCUUAACAAGUGACUCUGAUAUGUCAGAUGUUGAAAACAGUAGGGAAGCAAAACUUAUAGCUUUAAAAUCUAGAGUGAGGCAGAGUGCUUCAAACUUGCUAUUAGUUUUAAUAAAGAUAGCAGAAAAAAGAGAUAUAUUUGGCUACUGGUGGGCACUCUUACCAGAUUCACCUGAUGCCAUUAACUGGUCUAGUGAAGAAUCAGCUAAGAAAACUCUGGCAUACUGUGCUGUCAUAGAUCCUAUAGCAAAUAGUAGGGCCAGUGUACUGAGCGUUAUAUUGGCUCUUUUAUCCGGUUCUAGAAUGUAUUUGUCACAGGCUGAAACAAGCAAAAAAGAUAAUACUUCCUUUAUACCCUUUUCCAUAUCUCUUGGGUAUGUUAUUACAUGCAUGCACCAAGUGCUAGUCAGUAUAUUGGAUAGUGAGAGAAGCCAUGCGGUCAUAAUAGUUGCAUUAAAGUGCUGUGCCGCUUUAGUACAAGCAACAGCCUAUCAUAAGAUGAGGGAAGGACUUAUUAGUGAUUUAGUUAGGUCUACCAAGAAGUUUCUGGUUCAUAGAGAUGUAACAUUACAAGUUGGCGCAUUAAUAACAAUUGGAUGCAUUUUAUCAGUAGAUCCAAAAGUUGAUGAAAUUCGAAAGUCUAUACAAAAGGAUACAAUAGAUUGUGUAAAUAAUUCAAAUAUAUUAGAUAAAGAAUAUAAUGUAGAUAGAGAAGGAUGUGAUGAUUUUGAGGAGGGUUACUCAGAUGAUGAUGAGCUUAUUGAUAGUGAUCUCAAGUUUAUUCCAAAAUGUGAUAAAGGAAGUGAUUUAGAGAAUGUUUCUUCUAAUUGUUGGAUAUUGGAUAUAUGUUUUAAGAAUAUGGGGUGGAUAUUUAGAGAAAAUCAAGUGAUAAGAUGUAAACCGUCCGCGAUACCGAUAAUACUGGAAUCUCUGCAAGUGCUUUCAGCUAUUGCCUUUCACCAUAUGUCGGAGCUGCUACUGCCGCAUCUUUCCUUGCUAUCUGACAUCCUAUGUGAGAUGUUGCAGCACGAUCACCAAGAUGUUGUGCUGCAGGCUGCCAGAACUGCUAGCAUCAUUGGAGAUGCUAUUCAAAAAUUAGAACGUAUGGAUCAACCUCCGCCAUUGAACCAGUGUGUAAGCUUUUGGGAGAAACUCCUUACGCCGCUGUCGUUGGUAUUGCAAAGUCACGAGAAUGGUCCGGCGAAGGCGGUUGUUUGUGACUGCAUUGCUAACAUAGGAGAGAGAUCGUUCAAGGAAUUGCCUAGCCGCAAGCAGAUGGUAUGCUGUACUCUGCUGGUUGGUUCCUGCGGGGACGAGGAGGCCACAGUAAGGGCGGCCGCCGUACGCGCCCUCGCCAUGACCGUCGUCUACCGCACGCUAAGAGAGGAUAUCUGCUUCGUGAGCGAUUGUGGGGAGAAUAUUGUACGGGCCCUGGCGGAACCAACGCUAGUGGUGCGAACAAAGGCUGCCUGGGCCCUUGGAAACCUUAGCGAUGCGCUCGUUUUGAAUAUGGAAGAGCCAGAGGUCGAUGAUAUUGACGAUGAUUUGUUACGUCGGCUUCUAGAGGUCAGCAUUCAAUGUGCCACCGAUAAUGAUAAGAUUAAAAUGAGUGCUACGCGCGGUCUUGGGAAUUUUCUACGGUUGAUAAAUAAUGAGCACUUGGUCCGUAGUCCGCAAAUUAAAACCUUAUGCGAGACAGCGUUAGAGAGGCUUUUGCAUUGCGCAUGUAAAGUGAGCAAUAUGAAAGUACGAUGGAACGCGUGCUACGCGAUGGGCAACGCUAUGAAGAAUGAACAUCUCUUCACAUGCUUCAAUGGCUGGCAGCGUCAAGUAUUUUCGAGCUUAUGCAGCCUGGCCCAAGAGUGCAAGAAUCUAAAAGUACGUAUUAACGCGGCGCUAGCAUUACGGGCGCCAACCUCUCGCGUGCAAUACGGACAACAAUUCGCGGCCGUAUGGAGCGCUGUCAUGGCUGCCAUGGAUAGUGCAGCUAAUGUCGACGACUUCACUGAAUACCAGCAUAAGGAUAACCUCAUCGAACAGUUAUGUGUCACUCUGGCGCACAUGUGCUGUCUUCUCACGAAGUCUGAUCUUACAGAGAUCUUGGACCCUCUAGUGUUUCAUCACGAAUGUGCUAAAACUCUUUAUACUCAGCUGUGUCAUAAACUUCCGCCAGAAAAUGCAUCCUGCCUCAAGAUACUGCAAGCUGCUAAAUAUGUGACAGUUGAUUUGACAGCGAACUGUAAUACACAACAGCAGUCACUGGGAAUGUUACAGGAUAUUUUCAUAUGGGACAUGUAAACGUAGUAAAUAUUUUAAUUAGUUUUAUUAUAAAUGUUUAUUGUAAUUGUAAAUGUUAUAAAUGUAUUAUAAAUUUUUUCCAGUUUAAAUAAAUAUUAUGGCAAGUAAAGAUAUCAAAUAGUCCUGGGAAUAUCACACAGCGUCAUCUAGUCCCGAUCUAAGCAUAACUAUUAUUAUACGUCAUAAAAAAUUAUGUACAUAGUGCAUAAUGCAUAUUUAUCACAUAAUAUAUGCUGAACGUGUCCAAUUUAUUAAAAAAAUUGUAAUUAGAAAAUUUUCGAUUUUGUGAUUUGUAGUGUAUGACAUUUUUUUAAACGGAAAAUUUUAUUUAAUGGAUUUUUAUUAUAAUUGUGUAUAUAAAUGAUCUGAUUACUCAGAGUAGAUAAUGAAAUUUGUUAACUGUUUAAAUGUAUGGACAGUGUUUUGAAAUAUAUAGUAAGUAUUUUUUUAAUUAUAAAUUUAAUAUAAGAUUGUUAUUUACAAUACUCUCUUCGUAAGGGCCUUAUAGCAGUUUUAGAGUGAAAGGUCCAAAUUAGGUUACACUUCCUUUCUGUAGAUUUAUACCCUUAAAUGCACUUGUUAUUUAUGUAUGAGUAACAGAUACGAUAGAUCCAAAUUGAUUUGUUAAAAACCUGUUUUGUAAUUUUAGAGACUGCUAACUGAUAAUAUACAAUGGUUUUCUAAUAUUGACAUUGCAUAGAAAAAUAUCACUUAAAUACUCCUUCGUUUCUAUGUUUUUAUGUUCACUCAGUUGUAAUGAGUCCAAAUUUUCCUAGAUGAGGGGCUAACAAAUCGGUAAAUAUGUUUUCAUUUUUGAUAAUGAAAUAUGAAUAAAAAGAUGCUAAACAUCAUUCUAUCUUAUUUACGCGGUAGCGAAAACGAACCUCUCGAUUUAUUACUUUGUUUUUUAUUUUAGGGGAUUGUGCCAACUUCAUUUCUGUCACCGUUAAAUACCUUAUAUAAGCGAUUAUCUUAAUUUUCGCAUUUAGCAUUUUACUAAUAAUGUUUGUAUGUAAAAGUUUCAUUGUAAGUCAUUAAUUAUAUAGGUAGAUUUAUCUUUGUAAGAAGUUCUUUCAGGUAAUGAUGUUAUUUAUCUAAAAUACAUCAGUUAAAAAAUGAACGAAUAAUCCUUGUCCUUGUUAAAUGUUAAUAAUAAACACUUAUUUCUUGGUAAGGGGGACUUCCUAAAAUCAGAACGUGGUAAAACCCCGGUGUCAUAGUAUUUGCUAUGUAUGUAUUUGUAUCUCAAUACCCAUACGUCAUGUUUUAAUUUCUGAACAUAGUUCGGCUUUUGUUGUAUGGGUGAAUUUCCUUUCACGCUAAUCAAUGUCUGUUACUCUUUGUCAUUUAUUCUUUGUGUAGAUUUCACAGUGGUUUUGUUAUUGUAACUCUUAAUUAACAUAAUUUAUUUAUUAUUAUAAAAAUAAACAAAAUAAAAGUAUUAACGUAA